AUGGAUUCAAAAUUCACAACACAAAUCGACGCUCUAGUGAUGAAAUCGUUGAUCACACAAUUGCCAUCUAGAGAGUUAUUCUAUGCCGAUUGGCCACACAUUAGAGACAUUGAACUGGCCGACCCAAAAUUCAACAUCCAAAGUCCAAUCGAUCUCAUUCUAGAUGCCGAGAUCCAUGCACAAAUUAUCCGCCCCAACAUCCGAAGAGGUCCACCGGGCACACCUGUAGCCCAAGACACCGAGUUAGGAUGGAUUCUGUUUGGAGCAACGAACAAAAACAGAGAAAACGUGAGUUCAGUUUCAAUCAACAUUUCAACCAUUGACACAUUGCUGAACAAGUUCUUCGAAGCUGAUGAGCUACCUGAGGAACGUAUGUUCACCAAAGACGAGCAAUUUUGCUAUGAUUUCUACAAAGAGCAUACCAAAAGAGAUUCUGACGGCCAUUACAUAGUCAAAUUACCAUUUCGCACAUCGUUUGAUUCAACCGCAGUUCUAGGCGAAUCUCGUGCCACAGCUCUUCAGCAAUUUCUACAACUUGAACGCCGUUUUGCUCGAAAUGAAAAAUUCAAACAAGAUUAUGUGAACGUAAUCAAGGGAUACUUGGAUAGCAAUCAUAUGACUCAACUCUCAAAUACCGAAAGCGAUUGCUUAUCCUUCGAUGAAAAAGUUAUUAACGAAAAGAGCACCUCAACUCCUGUUCGUGUUGUCUUCAAUGCGUCCAAGCCAUCAUCCAACGGAAAUUCAUUGAACAAUGUCGUUUUUCCCGGUCCAGCUCUUCAAAAUGAUUUGAUUGCUAUCUUGCUCAAUUGGCGAUUCCAUAAAAUCGUUUUCAUGGGCGACAUCAAACAAAUGUACCGACAAAUUCGUUUGCAUGAUGACGACAUAACUUUUCAUCGUAUUCUAUGGCGUGAAAAUCCAUCUGAACAGAUUAAGGAAUACGGCAUGACACGACUAACAUUCGGAACGAACUAUGCACCAUGUGCAGCCAUCCAAUCUGUGCGAACUUUAGCUGAGGAAAACCAAGCUGAUCAUCCUGCAGCAGCUGAAAUAAUCAAAAGAGAUAUUUAUGUUGAUGAUGUCAUUUCCGGUUCACAUGAUAUACCAUCAGCUCUUCGCUUACAAAAGGAAAUCAUCAACAUCUUCAAAUCAGCUUGUUUUGACGUGAAAAAAUGGGCUAGUAAUACCAACGAGUUGCUAGAAGCUGUUCCAGCUGAAGAUCGAGAGCUAUCCAUACCGCUGUCAAUGAAUCCUGACAAAACAAUCAAAACAUUAGGCAUUUUCUGGAACUCAAAAUCAGACACUUUGAAGUUCAAUUUUAAAUAUGAUGCCAACGAAUCGUUAAGUUGUUGA